CAAAAAUUCAAAUUUUGGGAAUUUCUCCAAACUUCAAAUCCCAGAUCUCUCUCUCUCUCUCUCUCUCUCUCUCGGAGCAAGACGAUGAGCUGAGCUGAAUAGAAGCGAAAGAUUGCGAAGCAAACGAGAAUCUGCAAUUUCAGAUUCUGAUCUGUUGUUCCAUUCAAUUUUGAACUCGACGUUGUUAAUGCUCAAAAGAUUUGAUAUUUUCAAAUACUGAAACGCGCAAUUGAGUGAUUAUGGUGAGAGAAGAAAGGAUCGAAUCGUUUUACGCGCGGUUGCGAGAGUCGGCCCUUGGUUCGGCUUCUUCCACGCCUCUGCUCAUAUUCCCGUCGACUUCCGAUGUUGACUCGCUUUGUGCUUUGAAGAUCGUAGGCCACGUUCUCGAGUCCGAUUCUGUUCGGUACGCGUGUUAUCCUGUUUCCACUUUUAACGAAAUUCACAAGUACGCUGGCCCUAAUUUGUGUUCAUCUUCGGAUGAGCCCGUCACGAUUCUUCUGAUUAAUUGGGGCUGCCACCGCGAUCUGCGGAAAGUCCUGAAUUUGGGCGCUUCUGCGCGUGUUUUUGUUGUUGAUAGUCACCGACCAAUUCACUUGCACAAUCUCAGUGAUCAGAAUGAUCGUGUUGUUGUGCUUUAUACUCGGGAUGAUGAGGACCAGGCCGAUUUGGCCUAUGAUCUGAAAGUUCCGGUCUCGGCUUUGGCUCAUGCCAGUGAUUUGAACAGCGAUGAUGAGGCUGAAGAUGAUUCUGAUAGUGAAGAUGAGAAUGACAGUGAUACUGACGAGGAAGAUGGGGAUGCGACUCAGAAGAGGAGAAGGGUUUCCGAAGAAAGUGAAAGAGAUCCAGUUAAGCUUUUCAGGAAGCUGAAGAAAGAAUACUACUCGAUGGGUACUUUCCAUGGGAAGCCUUCCGGGUGUUUGAUGUAUGACCUCUCUCAUUUCCUGAGGAAGAACACAAAUGAGCUACUGUGGCUUGCUUGUGUGGCUUUAACCGACCAGUUUGUUCAUGAAAGAUUAACAAACGAGAGAUACCAAUCCGGGGUGAUGGAGCUUGAACAGCAUAUCAAUAGCUCGGGGAAUUUGGACGUGGUUACGACAGUGACCCUAAAGGACGGAACCAAGGUUUUGGCUCCAGAUUCUUCAAGAAUUGCGUAUGAAGAUGAGCCAAAGCUAAUGUUGCUACAAGAGUGGAAUUUGUUUGAUUCGAUGCUGUGCUCAUCCUACAUUGCAACUAAAUUGAAGACAUGGAGUGACAAUGGGGUGAAGAAGUUAAUGCUGCUGCUUGCUCGAAUGGGAUUCAAACUAGAGGACUGCAAGCAGAAGUUUCAGUACAUGAACGUUGAGAUUAAAAGGAAAAUGAAGGUUGAGUUUGAAGAGUUUCUACCUGAGUAUGGGCUAACUGAUUUUUACUACAGAGGCUUCUGCCUGCUACACGGGUAUAGUUCAAGAAUUUCUGCUGCAGAUGUGGUGUAUGGAAUAACAGCUCUUCUAGAGUCAUUUGUCGAAUCUGAUGGCUCCUGCGCUUCCAAGCAGUUUGGGGUGGCUUAUGAUGCGUUGUCCUUAGGCAAGCUUGAAAAACUAGAGCUGGGAAUGCGACAGGCCAUAAAGGUACAAAGGGCGAUUCUCAGACAAGGAAGUGCAGCCAUAACCAAGAAGGGAUCCAUAAGAAGCGGAAGCAAGUUCAGGUGGGUGAAGCUUGAAGAUUCAGUAGACACAAAGCUGUUGGGUUACCCCCAGGCUUUAACAAAAUUUGGGUAUUUUCUGUUGGAUGCUUUGCGGGAGAAGGGUGCAAAAAUGAAGCCUUUAAUCUGUGUUUGCUACAUUCAAGAGCAAAGGAAGGUACUGAUAGUUGGCGUUUGUGGGAGGCCACGUCUUGGUGCAGAUAAAGGAAAUGCAUUUGGGAUUGCUUUCAGGGACGCAGCUACCGAAACAGGAGCUGAUUUCUUUCAUGAGCUGUUUGAGUCCUCAUGGAUAAUUUUAGAUUCGCUUGCUGUAAAUUCAUUCAUGAUCAGGCUAACAGAGAAGCUGUGGUGAAGAACUUCUUCCAGAAUCCAACCAAACUUCAGUUUUAAUCAUCAGGAGAUGAAUUAGGCAAGCACCCCCUUGUUCAUCUGCUUAUCUGUAUCAAUUCAUGAAUGGAAAAAGUAUAAUUUAUCUCUCAAUAAGAGAUGACUGGCUUGUUUCUUUCUUUUAAUUUCUUCCUCCAUCCUGUUUUUCCUUAGAAGCAUCUCUUGAACCUAAAGAGAUUGCUACAUUUUGGGCAAGAUG